UCGGCACUGAGCAUUUCUUCGACCGGCCACCAUGUUCAAGUUCUGCCCCGAGUGCGGCGUCAAGGCGUCUGGAGGUAGCGCCAAGUUCUGCUCGGAAUGCGGCUUCCGAUUCUCAGUGCCAUCAGAAGCACCCCCCCCUCUUGCUGCGGAUCCCAUCAAGCCACCAACCACAGGAGGAAAUGCCUUGCCCGUGGCUGUUCCAAUGUCCAUGCCACUGUCUAAAGCCGCGACGUACCUUCCUGUCGCACAGGUUGUAGUUCCUCCAGCGGCCACUGGUGCCGAGGCACAAACUAUCCUUGCGCAAUGCAUGGACACAAUUCGAGCUGCGCGUGGGGGGAACAAUGAAGCCGGAGUCAAGGCAUUUCGGUCCAAUUGCAAGGCGUACGGACUCAGCGAAAUCGAUGCGUCAGCUUUCCAUGCAAGUUUGGUCGCAGAGAUGGGUGCUGAGUCGGCAUCACUGCUCGUGCCGCAUCUCGUGCGAUUGAUUCCAGACGAAGAGAAACGCCGUGUUCUCCUUGAAGUCGAUGCAGCUUCGACGAGGGACCAACUCCAGCGUAUGAGCAUCAGCAGCGACGGCGACUCGGACGCAUCUCGUUCGUCGUUCAAUGCAAAUUCCAAGUUGAACCCAAACAGCUCGCGCGGGUUUUUGUCUGGGCGAUAUUCGGACCAUCCCAACUGCGACAUUUGCCGCGCCUCCUUCGAUGUGUACAAACGUCGCCAUCAAUGCCGGUUCUGCGGCAUGUAUGUGUGCAGCGCGUGUUCGCCGAUCAAGCUCUUGAUUCCUCUUGGCCAGCAGAUCGACGGAUGCCGUGGCUAUGUAGAAUCGGAGCCCCAGCGCGUGUGCAUCCAAUGCGCGCCUCGGCUCCACCCGUUGCAGGAUGAGUUGGUCGCCAAGCAUGGCCUGUUCCAACGAGACAACGAGCACCAAGCUGCCAGUCGCAUCCAUGUACCAUACAGCUCGAGUAUGGAGAAAGAAUGCCGCAACGCUGCCGACAUAGUCGGCAACUUCUUUCGAGAUGACUGGGGUGCCGCCAAGGACCGUAGUAUCCCCGCCUCCUUCCUUGAGAAAGCACAUGGCCUGGCAAUUCUGACAAUUGCCAAAGCUGGUUUCCUUAUCUCGGCCCAAGCCGGGACGGGGCUUGUCAUUGCCAAGUUGCCCGAUGGCUCGUGGUCUGCGCCUAGUGCCAUUGGCACCGUGGGUAUUUCGGGAGGGUUUGAAAUCGGCGGCGAACUCGUCGAAGUCAUGAUCAUUUUUUUGUUUUCAUGCACUGGAUAGGGGGUCUCCCAACGCCGUGAAAGUGUUUCACAAGGCCCAAGUCAACCUUGGCGCAGGUCUUGAUAUCACGGUGGGGCCGUUUGGUCGCGCUGCCCAAGCAGCGGCUGCGGUCGGUCCUGCCGGGUUGGGUGCCAACUAUGCGUAUUCCCAAAGCAAGGGAUUUUAUGCCGGAUUAUCUCUAACUGGCACAAUUAUCGCGGUGCGAAAGGAGCUCAAUCUCAAGUUCUACGGACGCAGCUUGGAGGCGAGUGCGAUCUUGAGCGGGGAUGUCGAACAGCCCAACGCGGCCAAGCCCCUGUACGAUGCAUUGCAAAACGCCAUGGAAGGCGUCAAAAGCUUUCGGCUUGAAACGGCACGUCGCGUCGAGGCGAUGGGGACUUGUCGUUCGUGUGGCUGUCGCACGUUCGUUCCGCACACGACGCAAGUGUGGAACAAGAACUGCAAAGCGUGUAAGCACAUCCACUAGCGUUGGACCAGCUGCUAUUUCGACGCUCGCGAAUUGUCCGAUAGCUCUCGCGUGCGGCACCCGACCCAAAACAAAUAUGCCAUAUUUCCACCACUCUAUGUCCGUUGCAAUGACGCGCUGUCAAGUGAAAGGGCCACUCAACGAUUUACAAAUAAUGGGCUUACGUUAAUCAAUGACGUGGCAAGUCGACCCGGGUUCGAUCCCACGACGUGCAUUUUCCAACUUUGUGCAGACAGUGAUUAGCACGUGACGAAUCCAUACACGAAAUCCGUGCAUUAUGAAAAUGCAAGUGUGAGGGUGCUAGUCUAGAGCGCCAUCACGGCCACCGCAAGCGUCACUAAGGCCGUGGCGCCGACGGUGGUCGCAGACGACUUGGUAGGCGUGGGGGUGGGGGCAGCAGUGGUCGUGGUAGGCGCAACAGUCGUGGUGGCCGCGGGGGCUGCAGUAGUGGUAGCAGUCGUCGUGGGGGCUGCGGUGGUG